AUGGAUGCUACACUGUAUCAGAUUAUUUUCGGGGAGCUCGCGGACUUGAACUGUAGUUUGAUGGAUGCUUUCCAGGACACUUUUUUGGAAAACGCGUCCCUGUCUUUGCUCACCACUGAUGGUUUUUAUUGCAAUGCCACUACGGAUGAGAUUGGAACCUGCUGGCCGCGGAGCAGCACUGGGAGGAUCGUGGAGAGACCCUGCCCGGAGUACAUCAACGGGGUGAAGUACAACACAACCAGGAGUGCAUACAGGGAAUGCAUGGAAAAUGGGACAUGGGCGUUGAAGAGCAAUUACUCCAAUUGUGAGCCCAUUUUGGAGGAGAAGAGAAAAUAUCCAAUGCAUUAUAAAAUCGCACUCAUCAUCAACUACCUAGGCCACUGUAUCUCUGUGGGAGCUCUAGUCGUGGCCUUCAUUCUCUUCUUGUGCUUAAGGAGCAUACGAUGCCUUCGAAACAUCAUCCACUGGAACCUGAUCACCACCUUCAUACUAAGGAAUGUGAUGUGGUUUCUGCUUCAGCUGAUUGACCACAACAUCCACGAGAGCAACGAGCCCUGGUGUCGAUUAAUCACAACAAUAUACAACUACUUUGUGGUGACAAACUUCUUCUGGAUGUUUGUUGAAGGAUGUUACCUCCACACAGCCAUCGUUAUGACUUACUCCACGGACAAGCUCAGAAAGUGGGUCUUUCUCUUCAUUGGCUGGUGUAUUCCAUGUCCUAUUAUAGUAGCCUGGGCCAUAGGGAAGUUGUACUAUGAGAAUGAACAAUGUUGGUUUGGUAAAGAACCUGGAAAAUACAUGGACUACAUUUACCAAGGACCUGUUAUUCUUGUGCUCCUGAUAAACUUUGUUUUUCUCUUCAAUAUCGUUAGAAUUCUGAUGACCAAACUUAGAGCUUCAACCACAUCUGAAACAAUACAGUACAGGAAAGCUGUGAAAGCAACACUGGUCCUCUUACCGCUGCUGGGCAUCACCUACAUGCUCUUCUUUGUGAAUCCAGGAGAGGACGACAUCUCACAAAUCGUUUUCAUCUAUUUUAACUCGUUUUUGCAGUCAUUUCAGGGGUUCUUUGUGUCCGUGUUUUACUGCUUUCUAAAUGGAGAGGUACGUUCUGCAGUGAGGAAACGGUGGCACCGCUGGCAGGACAACCACGCAUUGCGGGUGCGAGUGGCCCGAGCCAUGUCCAUCCCCACAUCUCCAACCAGGGUCAGCUUCCACAGCAUCAAACAGACCACGGCCGUGUGACCAGAGGGAUAAGCACACAAUCUCCAACACAACAUCUUAAAGAACAGACUUUAUGUUCUGGAUAAUAAUUUACAGAGUGGACUCAUUCCUCGCACAAGAUCACAAAGCCAGGGAUGUUUCUGUUGUCUUGUGGGGAAAAAUAGCAUCAAAAGAUGCACCUUUUGCUGCACAUGAAGAAUGACUGAAAAAAAGAACGAUUCAGGAGGUUUCAUCUCCUUAAACAUGCGGUACAUGAGGUGAAGGUUCUGAGUUUUCCGGGAGAUUAGAGCAUCUGGCCUCAUCAUCAAGCUGUCAAAGUAAGUCUCGUCGUCUGAUCUUACAGUGUUGUCAUCUUAAUGCCUGCUGCUUUUUAAUGAACUAAGAUUAUCCCACUGGAUUUGCAGCAGGAUACUUUAUAACAGCUCACACACUUGUAAGCAUCUGCUUCAUUCUUACUCAGUGGGUGGGCGACGAGGAAUUCAGGCAGUAUAAUUAGACACGUCAACCAAGAUUCACUCAAAAUGUGGCUAGAAAAAGACAUUUGUGUGUAGGGAAUAUUAAAAUGCUCUUUGAGUAAACUGCUUUUUGGCCUCAGCAGCUGCUUUUGACAGUAAGGAAAGAGGCUUCAGGGAAAGAGACGGUUAACCUGGGUAAAAUAUCAACAAAAAAAGGUGUAAAAUUUAGUAGUGACUCUCGCUGAGAGGGAUGAAAAAUAAUUUUGUGUGAAACUAGCAAGUGUUCUUCACCCCAUAGCAUUAAGGAACAUAUUCGGUCAAUGUGAAGUGGUGACUUUUUAUAAAAACAAGCCAUUCAAGUGGAGCCUUUAUAAUGUGUCCUCAAAGAAGUAUUCUUUAAUAAGUGAUUUCAUACAAAGUGAAGCUUGUCGUGCGGUUAUGUACAAUUGUAAGCAUUGUUUUCUUCUUUUGUACAAGCAGAGCUUUCUUUCUGGUCCAGGUAUUCGUUUCCACCAUUCCUUUUUGCUUCCUAUUUCACUGGUAUUGUUUUGGAGAGUGUGAACGUACAGAGCAAUUUUAGCUCUAAUGUGCUUGAGGUCCCUGAGGCUGAUGGAAGAGGAGGCGAGAUAAGAUACAAAACACUCUCACUCAUUUCUUUAUUUCAUUUUUGUUAUUAUGUGUAUGUAUGGUAAGUGCAGGCACAGUGAAGUUAAUUAAUUUAUUUUGGCUUUAUGAAAUCCCUCUUUUAAUGAGCAUCACAACUUAGCCACUGGUUCAAGAGGGAGGAAGUUUAACGAGUGGGCACCAAUUUCCUCUAAUACCAACUCUUUCAUCUCCCCAGGCCGCUCACACAAAAACAGGAGCACCAAGCAUCUAUCUGCAGUCUCAAACUCUAAAGUGCUUGUCUUUUCUGCAAAGUCACAGAGAAGGAUAAUGAUAUCGGAUACAAAAAAGCAUGCAUUAUGCUACAAGCCCAGUCUCUUAUGUUGAUGCUCCUUUGUGUGUCUUUGUUAUUGUUAGGCUACAAAUCAUCAGAAGUGUAGCCUGGUUCUGUUUGUCCUACAGUACAUUUAUGUGUAUUUCCAUCCAUUACUUAAUUAGGAGUCAACAUGUUGAGCAGUAGGCAAAAACUUCCAACACAGAAUCAGAUUAAACUUCUGGUUACAUUCAGGGUAAGGGCUUAGGUUAGGGCUCAGACACCAGAAGUUAAAAGUUAAAACAAGACAUGGAAAACCUGAUUGUAAAAUGUUUAAUAUAGCCAAUAAAUCAGUCUGCGAACCGAAAAAAAAAAAAAAAAGUUAAAGUUCACCCAUGAAAUUUAACCAGCAAGUCAAGCUAAAGCUAUCAAAGCUACAUUAGAUUACAUAGCUAAAGCUAACAUUGCCAAGGAUAACAUUGCUACAUUAACUGCAUUACUUACAUAGCUAUGUUAGCUUUAGCUAUGCUGGCUAAAGCUUACACUACCUUUGUGGUCAGCUACGUAGCUUAUGUAGCUACACCAGCUUUCCUAUGUAGCUAAUGCUAAUGAGGCCAAUCUUCAUGUAGCAACAUUAAAAACUGGAAAUACAUUGUAUCUGCAAAUCAGGCUACUUCCAUCCUGAUGAUAGGGAUGAGUAUCGAAAUCAGGUACCGACAGAGGUAUCAAUUCUUCAUUUUGAUAUCCAACCACCCCAAUACGACCCCCUGCCACCCCAAAUGACGGCAAGAAAAAUGUACAGAAGUCACACAAUUUUCUUUUUCUUAUCCCAUGUUUGAAUGGCAUCUUAUAAAAAUGAAUCAUUUACACUACCCAGACAGCUUUUGUUCUCCCACUGAUGUUCGACACACUUUUUCUAUCUAAAAAGUUUCGAUUCAGGCACCGUCAGGCACUGGCACUGUAUAAAAAGUACUGAUUUAGCACUGGUAUCAGAAAGAAAAAAAAUCCCAACCCUAGACGGUGGUGGUAAUACUGUAGUAGUCUGCAAAAGGGGCAUCUGAGAUCUGCUGCUUGCAUCUACACCUCUCGCUCGAAUUUUUGAAGUUGCAGAAAACGGUUGAAGUUUUGAUCUUCUCAGCUACCUUUCAUCCAGAAAGCUUCCUUUCCAUGUCGUCGAGUGACCUGUUUGAAAACAUAUCUGUUUUCUGUUGCUUUAUUUUAUUCUUUUUUUGUGCUGGUUUGCUAUCAUUUGUUGAAAUAUGUGAUUAUGUUGACAUGUAUAAAAUCCACUGGAUCUAGGGUUGGGUUUAAAGUUAAUAUACUGAAUUUCUGUGACCAUUUUUAAGCAAGUAUUGAUCAGCUGUUCUUUUGGUCUGACAUAUUUCCAAUGUUGAUCACCUUGAGGGUUAUUUCUAUAAAUAUUUGAUCCUUUUCAUUUAACUAUCUCUGAAAUCAGCCUCACAGCUUCAGCAGCGGUAACAGUGCUUUUCUCCACGACGCUGUCGUGUCAUGUAAACAUAGUAGAACACAAUCCAAUAGAUGUGAAAUAUUUUCAUACAAAAUAAUAAAAAAAAACACAUCAUUAACUCAAACUCACCAAAGAGACAAACCAUGUUUACCAGCAUCUCUAGUUUUUGGCAGCCUAUUUCUAAAGCUGUCACUGCACUUUGAUGACCAAAUUGUGUUCAUGGUUAAUUUGUACGCUAUUUAAUGAACACUGUUUAAUGUAUUCAAAGCAGUCUGGCAUCAGAGUUGUUAACUAUUACUGUACCUGAAUACAUCAGACCAACUGAUUCUAUGGGAAACAAACCACCUAUGUUGCCUUACAACAAAAUGAACUGCAUCUUUAUGUGAAAAGGAAGCUAAUGUCACCGUAAAUCAAAUUUCAUUGUGUUACUGAAAAACAUUUGUACAUGCACAUUUGUGAAGAAAAUGUUCAUUUGA